AUGGGAGGGUUCUGGCGUACGGGAUGGAGGCGUGUGGCUUUCUGCGGCUGGCUCUGGAACCACCCUGGGAACCCGACCAGGGCUGCGGAGAGGGUAGAGUCUUGUCUCAGGUCGGGGAGGAGCGGGACAGGGGGUGCUGAGAGGGAGCUGAGACGGCUCGGGACAUGGAGGCGCCCGAGCUUGGCGGUGCAGCCGCCGCGGCGGCCGAAGAGCACGAACCCCUUCACGCGCGCACAGGAGGAGGAUUGGCGGCGGCGGAACAAGACCAUCCUCACGCAUGUGGCCGCGGCGGCCGUGGGCAUGCUGGGGGCGUCCUACGCCGCCGUGCCCCUUUACCGGCUCUACUGCCAGACUACUGGACUUGGAGGAUCGGCCGUAGCAGGUCAUGCAUCAGACCAGAUUGAAAACAGGGUACCUGUUAAGGAUCGCAUCAUUAAAGUCACCUUUAAUGCAGAUGUGCAUGCAAGUCUCCAGUGGAACUUUAGACCUCAGCAAACAGAAAUAUAUGUAGUGCCAGGGGAGACUGCACUGGCAUUUUAUAAAGCUAAGAAUCCUACUGACAAACCAGUAAUUGGAAUUUCUACAUACAAUGUUGUACCAUUUGAAGCUGGACAGUACUUCAAUAAAAUACAGUGCUUCUGUUUUGAAGAACAAAGGCUUAAUCCACAAGAGGAAGUAGAUAUGCCGGUAUUUUUCUACAUUGAUCCUGAAUUUGCUGAAGAUCCAAGAAUGGUGAAUGUUGAUCUCAUCACUCUUUCUUAUACUUUUUUUGAAGCAAAGGAGGGGCAUAAGUUGCCGGUCCCAGGCUAUAAUUGAAGUCAGAACUAAGUCCUGCUUCAAAUUUGUGAUUUUUGAAAAAUCAUGUAUCUUCUCAGAGGAGAAAUAUUUACAAUAAUGUGAAGCCUUCUAUUUUAAAUUUUACAUACUUAUGGUUCUUUUUUCCCAACUAAUUUACCCAACUUACAAUGUGUAACUGUUCAAAACCAUACUUAGAGUUUAAGUAGUAUUAGAAGAAACUGCUUUGUUUCUUAAAUAUGUUGGCAUGGACUUGACGGUUCAGCUUAAUUCACUGGUCGCCUUUCAAUUUAUGAGCACUUCAUACUUGUAGCAAUGAAGUUUUAUUAUUAUUUCUAGAAUAGUUGUUUACUACUUUCAUUACGAACAGUCACUAUUUUAAAAGCUCAAAAUGGAAGAGGAAUCACUAAGCCCUAACA